CAAACGAGCAGGUAACUCGAAGCAUCCCCGUCCCUAUACAACAUGAACACCUUCGCCGCCCUCGUGCCCUGUCUGGUCAUGCUGGCCACCUGCUGCCAGGCCGGCUACGUGGCCCCAGACGUUUACCACGCCGCCGCCAUCCAUGUCCCCGUGGCCACCACCGUAGUGCGUCAGCCGGUUGUGGAGCACCACAGCGAGGUGGCCUACGUGCCACCACACGCCCACGGAUACACCAUCAGCCAAAAGAAGGUCGUCCAACCCAAGACCACCAUCACCAAGCAUGAUCCCUUCUUCGGCACCUACCACCAGGCCGAGGUGCACCACGCUCCAGUGGUGACCGGCUCCCACAGUUCCGUGCACCAGAGCCGAGGUGGACACUUCGUGCACCGCCCUGUCGGAACCGUCGUCUACUAGAAACCCUCACUUUCAGAAUCAUCCCCUUCAUUCCAUACUGAGACUCUUUGAAGCGCAAUAACUGCAACUAACUCUAGCGGUGCAGGAGUGACGUAUUUCUGAGACAUAUGGCUGAAAAUGUUCUUCUUAAGAAACAGCAGCAUUUGUCGGUUAUUGAUAAAUAUAAUGAUAUUCGGCUUGUGACUCACUAUAAUAUCGGGAAUAGGUUGCGACUGACAGUUAGGGUAAUGAUGGAGGAGAAUGGCACACUGCCGACAAAACUUAGUGUAAAGUAAUUAAUUUUGAAAGAAACCUGCAACCCAAUGAAACAUUAAUGAGAGGUUAGGCCUAUCCGCAAAGACGAUUAAUAAAACAAAACUGGAAAUCUCAAUAUGAAUCACAAUCGACUAGCAUGAAACGACUUUUUUUUUUUAUUUUAAACAGCUCGAGUAUAACAAACAUCAUCUUUAAAAUUACUAAAAAAGCGCAGUUUCCGUCAGACAUCUGCAAAAUCGAAAGGCAGUAACCACCAAACACAACGGCUGUAUAGAAAGCCUCGUCUUUCUAACACAAAUAUAUUCUUAGGCCACCUAUUUAUUUCUUUAUAUAAAAAAAAGAAAGACUUAAGAUUUAGAAAAAAACAGUGCGUGACUUUGCUUGUAUUGCACGCUUUUGCUGAUAUACCAAUCACUUUAUAAAUGAUCGUAUCUGAACAUUUUACCCUAGAUAAUGUUUUGUUAUCACUGUAUAAGUCUCAUUACCGCAAAACAUUCGUGCUUACAACACUUUAGGGGAACUCGCAGUCUAAAUAUGUGUUGUGUGCAUUCUAGACAAUUGGUGCGUAUUUAAUGUUUGGAAGAUAUAUUAAAAGUACAAAGUUUUGUUUA